UGAAGGAGGAGCCAUAGCUCAAUCAAGAAAACGUUGGCUUUUUCUUUUUUCCUAAUGCAUGUUUCGCACUGUCCUGCAGUUUCUGUCUCGCAGAAACACAUAUAUUGCGCGUUUAAGUCUCACUCACGCACAUGUAAAAAAAUGAAGUCAGCGUUUUUGUUCUGUUUUAUCAUUUGGUUUGCAGAUGCGGAGCUAAAACCCCGGAGAGGGUCCGGAGUGGUAUGCACUUUCAAAGACAAGACAUACAACCCAGGAGACAGCUGGCAUCCCUAUUUGGAGCCCUUCGGACUCAUGUUCUGCAUGCGCUGUGUCUGCACAGAGACAGGCCAUGUGAAAUGUAGCACAAUCAAGUGUCCUGCCCUGCCGUGUGAAAACCCGGUAGCCGAGCCUCAGCAGUGUUGUCCGAGAUGCACAGAUGAGCCCAGGAUUCCUGCAGGGUUGAGAGCUUCAGUGAAAUCCUGCAGGUAUAAUGGGAGUAUUUAUCAGCCGGGGGAGACCUUCAAUAAGCACGACCUCUUCCCAUCCAAGCAAAGCAACCAGUGUGUUAUGUGCACAUGUUCUAAUGGAAACAUCUUCUGUGCUCUUAAAACGUGCCAACCAAUCACCUGUUCCUCACCGGUCUCACUUCCAGAUACCUGCUGUUUGGUGUGUAAAGAUCAUGGCACCAGUGGGUCCUCAUCAGUUGAGGAUGGAAACCAGCAGCUGAACAGAGGCGUUAGGCAUUCAGUGGACCAGUGUUCUGGAGAGCAGAGCAGGGCGCGGUCCGACCGUGCCACUCCACCCAGGGUCAGGACUUCUCCCAGAGGCCUGAGCCUCAGUAAACUUAACCUCAAAGGAGCUUCAGAGACCACCGUGAAGAUUUUGUUGCAGAGGAAACACCAAAGAGCUUGUUUAUACAAUGGCAAGACGUACUCUCAUGGAGACAUGUGGCACCCAGUUUUGGGGAAGGUCCUGGAAUGUAUCCUGUGCACUUGUGCUGAUGGCCUCCAGGACUGCAAACGCAUCACGUGUCCCAGUCAGUACCCAUGCCAGCAUCCCCUUAAAUCAGUGGGAAAGUGCUGUAAGACUUGUCCGGAGAGUAAAGCUGAAAGUAACCAGACUCAGUGCUAUCCCGGGUAUAAAAACAGCCUCUUGGUGUAUAAAGUAGAAUCUUCUUUGAAAGUUGACCCACCCAACACAGUGAGGAUCAUUGCUGUUGAAAGACAAAGUACUGCUGAAGUUGAAGUGCAAGUAUGGAAGACUGGAGAAGGUGUUUUACAAUUAAUGGAAAUUGGUGAUGUUCAAAGAAAAGAUAUAAUGGAUCAUCCAGAGAAUUACACAUUACUUACAACACUUGAUGAAGAGACGUGGAGAAAAUUUAAAGAGGAGGGAGAGAAUCUGAGUAAAGCUUCCCAGACCACCAUUUGUGAAGACGGCAUUCGGGAGAUGGUAACUUUCCUAAAUCCCAAGCAGAAAGACGACUUGUGUUCACCGUAAUACUUACUUACCUCCUUUGACACUCUUUAUGUUCCCAUGACUACAUGGUUCAAAUACAGUACAUUCUGUAUUCAUACAUGUGGCCUUGGAUGAGGAAUUUCUCAUUUAUACAAUAUUGUUUAUUGGUCGAUACAUCGUUGUUCAUCAUGGUAAACUCAUCACAUCUUUUUAUUGGUAAAUUAUUGAGUUACAAAACACGGACCAUAGCAGUUUUUAACUAACUGUCAUGGUCAUAAACUGGCAGAUAGUUCUUCCUUGUGUCAUGGUUCAAACAUUUAAGCAGAUUUAGGUGCAAGACAUGUCAAUGUCAGUGUGCAUCUGCCGAAUUAUCAAGGACAUUUAUGGAACAGUGUAUCUCAAAUAAAUCCUUUGCUUUAAUCAUAUGAAAAUAAUUUGUGCUCUAGAAUAUUAUGGGCAAAGGAGCCAUUUUGUUCAGAAUUAAAAAGUUUUUUUAAGGAUGUUACAUGAUGUUAACAUAUUUAUUGUAAAUACAAAUAGAGGGUUUGUGUCCUUAUUUAAAGUGUACUGAUUCUGUGUAUAUACAUCUGACUGUCUGAAUGUUCUUUGCAUGUAGCAGAAAAAGGUUGAAUUGGGGAUCAGUCUGCCGGUGAAUGCGCAGCUGUGUCACAACUGUGUAUUUGUUAGUGUGACAAAGUCAACAUAGUCACAGGCUUUUGUUUGUUAUCAUAGCCUAAUGAUAUUACAACUCCAUAUACCAGCGAUAUUUGUGUUUUAAAGUGGUCAUAGUUGAUGUGGAUGACUGCAGUAUGUAUCUCUGCUCACAGUUAAUCUAUAAAGUUUUUCAGUGUUU